AUGGCUUCCAAUAUAGCCAAGCGAAAACAGUCCGGCCCUCAAGGGCUCUCUGCCUCCACUGGAGCUGCAAGAAAACGAGCCAAAACCUUUGAUGCGCGAACUUUGGCGGCGCAAUCCACUGAUGCCGCUCUCUCGGCCACAGGCGAGCUCGAUGUGGCCGCAUACGCUGCAGCUCGGGCAUUCGAGAUUCAAGCGCUGGAGGACGGUAUGCAACGGUCCAAAAAUGCUCUUACUACUCGGGCAUUUCAGAAGGUCCCCCGUGCGUUGCGACGUCGCACGGCUAGUCACAAUGUGAAAAGAGUUCCGCGGAGGUUACGAGCGCGAGCUCAACGCGAGAUGGUUGAAGACAAUACACCAACUGUCACUGCCCGGCGUCGCAAACCUAGUCAAUUGAUGCGCAUUCGCCUCGAAGCUGCUCGCCGCCUACAGAACCUUAACGCGAAGUCGAAAUCAAGGCGCUCGGCGACCAGGGCAAAAAGUGAUCAAGCAAACGGAGAUAUGGAGACAAGGGAGGACAGCCACGCGUUCAAAAUCGCGCCUCGUGUGCCAAAGAUAAAGAAAGGGAAGCUGUCUCGUCCGCCGCCCCCCGACUCGAAAUUUCGUAAGCGCCAAAGAUGCAAGACAUGGUUGCCAACACAUAUGUAUCAUGCCAAACGGGCCCACAUGGCAACCAGCAAGGAUCCAAUUUGGCGCUUUGCGAUUCCCAUAUCUCCCACUGAGAAGAGCUAUCGGCCCACACACCGAGCCCAGGGCGCCCGAGGUGCUGUUGCAUGGGACAUGAGUUACAUGUCUACCGUGCAACUCGAAGGCGAAGAGUCUGGUAUCGAAUCCGUUCUAAGAGCAAUUGGUGUCGUUGGCGAUGAGGCGUGGGGCACUAAAGGGAAAAAGUGGAGGGCAGGGACACGAUCAUUACAAACGUGGGCUUUCGAGAAAGGACAGUCCACCAACCCGGUAGCACCUAUCACCCUUGUUUGGUGCGUACAAGCAAAGGACGAGGAUACCGAAAUGCUAGACGCGGAGAAGCCUCCACCUCCCCGGAAGCCCUUGCGCCGAAAGCUUUUCAUACGUGUUCAUCCCUCCGCUUUUCUCCAGCUUUGGACAGAUUUGCUGGGCAUUUCAAAACAACAAAGCCCACCAGUCAUGAUCGAAGAUCUUCGUUUCGAAAUAGGCAGUAUCGAAAUCACUGGACCCGGGUCUACCGAGGCUCUGCUGGCUACUCUGCAACCUAUACUUCGCUCAGAGGAGACGAGCGCACAAACCCCAGAAGCUACUUGGCAAUCUCUACACGGCGUGUCCAACCCUUCAUCGCUUCCAAACAACGCGCUACUGUCGUUCUCGGUCACAGAUCCUCGUCUGCGAUUUCCCACGCCUACACUCAAGACUCACAUGAACAAUCUAGCAAGUUUGCUCGCAGCCUGGACGCCAGAUCAGACACAAGGUCCGUCCCUCCUCUUCGACCGGCCCAGCCGUCUUGCGGCUAUCAGGCAGCUUCCGAGCCAAAAAGCGAUCAACCGCCGUCGAACCGUCGCGGGACCUGGCAAACCUCUCCCCGCUCAACCAACAGAUCCCAGCAUCCCAGUGAUGAUUCUUGCCAGCCGACCCCAAGCUCGCGCAAAGAGAAGCUCCGCUCCAGGUUCAUGGACUUUGCUUCUGCCCUGGAAUUGUGUGGUUCCAGUCUGGUACUCACUCAUGUUCUAUCCCCUCUCGAGUGGUGGCAAUCCCCGCCUAGGUGGAUUAAAGGAGCAACAACAACUGGCCUUUGAGGCCGGUCAGCCUUGGUUUCCGGGUGACUUUCCGGGCACACGUGCUGGCUGGGAAUGGUGCCAGCGAGAAAGUGAAAUCUCUCGACGUCAGUGGGAGAGACGGCCUAAAGGCCGGCGAGCCGAGUUUGAUAGUCUUGUCAUCGCCGCCGGACACUCAAAAGGUGAAAUCGGCCAUGGAUGGGCCUGUGACUGGCAGAGGCUUGUUGUAGGAUCAUCGCAGCAUGUAACAGACCCGGUCGAUGCUGAGAAGCAAACCGCCGCUGCGAGCUCUUCUGUCCCGCCUUUGGGUAUUCGAAACAUACGUAUUGUUACGGGAGAAACGAACGCUGUUCUCGCCAGCCUUGCCAAAACUAAGAUCGAGCCGUCGACGCUGGCUACAGUCCAUCUGACACUCAUUAAUCGGGGGACGCCUGUGCCUUGCGCGCGAAUCUAUCGUCUUCCCACGGAUCCAGUGCUCAGAAAACGCUGGCUUGAUCUUGCCAAGUCAUCGAAGACGACGGGGAAUGCAAAUGAGCGGACACACGAACCCCAGCGAGCAUCCCUUUCCAAGGAGGAAGCGCAGCGCCGACUCGCGGAGACUUUGAUCUCGGCUGCGGAUUCGUACGAACCACGAACCGAUCAUUGUGACUGUCCUGCAGAAGAAGACCUUAUAGGGUUCGUGACGUCUGGGAACUUCAAUCUCUCUGAGGGAAAGGGAACGGGAAUCGGCUCGAUCCUUUUGUCGAAGGUGAUUGCGCCGGCUCAGAAGCCAGGCGAGCGAAGGAUGUGCAUUGUCCGAACUGCGGGCGAGAAGGUUGGGCGGUUGGGAACUUGGGAAAUUGUAUGA